AUGCAGUCCAGUGUCUUGGACACGAACCACCAUUAUUGUCACGAAUUCGAGGGUAUUCACAAUUUCAGAGACAUCGGACGUGUCGUCAAUCAUUUCCUAGAACUCAGACCUUACCAAGGACGCAUUCCGACACUAAAGGAGGGCUUUUUAUUUCGUUCUGGAAGGCUUGACCAAGCAACACUCUCUGAUCUCCGGAGACUCGCGUCAAAAUCCAACGAUUCGGAUAUAGGUUUUGGCCUGAAAACUGUAGUUGAUUUACGGACAAAAUCUGAACAUAUUCAGGCCGAGAAGAAGCGAGAGAAGUUGAACAAACGGGAAAACAGGACCUCCAGAGUCGACGCCGAAGAGGAGGCCGUGCUGCUAGCUGAUGGUGAGGAAAUGCCUUGGGAGACCAUCCGCAUCCAAUUUAUCAGUCGACGCUAUGAAAUGCAGCUGUUGAAGGAGCUGGGUUUUUUCCGGGCUGUCCUGUUUCUCCUCCUCAUGCUCUUUCAGUUCCGCAUGAAGGCCAUACGACUCGUCGGUAGUUAUGUGCUCUCUUCAAAAGGGAUGGUCGGCCUCAAUUUAGAUAUGCUGGAGUUUUGUCAGGAGGAGAUCCUACAGGUGACCUCGCUUCCGUGCACUCGUAUUUGUGUACUUGAUUUCAUUCCAGGCUCUUAAUCUACUCAGUAAUCCACUCUCCUAUCCCGUCCUGAUCCAUUGCACCCAAGUCGCACAGGAGAUGAAAGGACCCGAAGUCUCGAAUUCGAUGCAGUAAAACACGACUACACACUUUCUUCAAAUGGGUUGUCGAGAAUUUACCAGUCCAUGCUCACUGAAGUGCGCGAGAUUGGUAUGACUAAACACUAUCUGGAGGCCCCGGGAGCUGUGGUGGAUGCCAUUUAUGACUACCUGACCGAUAGGUAUGGGGGUCCGGAGGGGUAUUUGGACGCCAUCGGAUUUGGGGAGCAGAAGAGGGAGAUAUUGCGGAGAAUACUGAUCGCCUAGCAGGCGUCGAAUGAAAAGAUCAUAGGGUUGACAAUGAUGGUAUACUUGAGCCUUGAAUAUAUGUAUGGUCUCCCAUGAAUAAAUCAGC